AUGACGACACCAGCAGAUACUGGAGCGGUGGACAAGGGCAAGAAUGUGGAACGCGGCACCCUGGGCAAAUAUGUGAAGCGGAUGAGCACUGUGUUCAAGAGGGAGAAAUCAAACAAAAGUGUACCGACCCUGGCGCCCGAGGCAUCGUCAACUCCUCAAGUCGCGCAGCAACAGCCUGUCGAGAAGGAAGUUGCGCAGCCGGACCAAACCAUCCCGGAAGUCGCACCUGCCACACCUAUCACUCCCGCCGUGUCAGUGCCAUCAACUCCAACUACCAAGGAGAUGGACCGCAACGCCAUGCAGCAGGAGAGAGCCCGCGCCCUCUUCGCCAAGUAUGGCCUCACCCUUGAGUCACACGAGUGGAUCGCUGCACCAGCUCCAAAACCCACCGUCCAGCGUGUCGAAAAAUCGAUCCGUAUGCGUGUCCAUCGCAGCUGCCACCGCUGCGGAACCCUUUACGGCUCCGACAAGGUGUGCCUACAAUGCGAGCACAAACGGUGCAAGAAGUGCCCUCGUUUCCCCAAGAAGAAGACGCCGGAAGAGAAGCAAGCCGAGAAAGAGGGUAUGGAGCAACCCAAGCGAAAGAGAAUGCUCACUAUCCGGACUCGUGGCGGGGACGAAUCACCUGUCAGGAAACCUGAAAAAGGGGAGCAUUUCGAUUCCCAGGUCGUGGCGGCCGUGGAGGCUAAGCUGCGAGCGAUGGAUGUUGAUGACAAUUCGGCUCCAUCUGCAGCGGAGGCUACCUAA